CUGCGGGCCGCGCACGGCGGCUCUGCACGCUCCCUCCCCGAGCCCCUCUCCCUGCCUCCCGGAGGUCCUGGAGUCCAGUCCCCGCGCUCUCCCGGCGUCCGCUGGGUCUCACGGAGUCAGUCCUGAAGUUGAGUUUGCGAGGCGACACGGCGGCGGCGGCCGCGCUGCUCCCGCUCCUCUGCAUCCCCAUGGAUAUGCACUGCAAAGCAGAUCCCUUCUCCGCGAUGCACCCAGGGCACGGGGGUGUGAAUCAGCUUGGGGGGGUGUUUGUGAACGGCCGGCCCCUGCCCGACGUAGUGAGGCAGCGCAUCGUGGAGCUGGCCCACCAGGGCGUGCGUCCCUGCGACAUCUCUAGGCAGCUGCGGGUCAGCCACGGCUGUGUCAGCAAAAUCCUGGGCAGGUACUACGAGACCGGCAGCAUCAAGCCUGGGGUGAUCGGCGGCUCUAAGCCCAAAGUGGCAACGCCCAAAGUGGUGGACAAGAUUGCCGAAUACAAGCGCCAGAACCCAACUAUGUUCGCCUGGGAGAUCCGAGACAGGCUCCUAGCAGAGGGCAUCUGCGACAAUGACACCGUGCCCAGUGUCUCCUCCAUCAACAGGAUCAUCCGCACCAAAGUCCAGCAGCCUUUCCACCCGACGCCGGAUGGGGCCGGGACGGGCGUGGCUGCCCCUGGCCACACCAUUGUUCCCAGCACAGCCUCCCCUCCUGUCUCCAGCGCCUCCAAUGAUCCAGUAGGAUCCUACUCCAUCAACGGGAUCCUGGGGAUCCCUCGCUCGAAUGGGGAGAAGAGGAAACGUGAUGAAGUUGAGGUUUACACUGAUCCUGCCCACAUUAGAGGAGGUGGAGGUUUGCAUCUGGUCUGGACUUUAAGAGAUGUAUCCGAGGGCUCAGUGCCCAACGGAGACUCCCAGAGUGGCGUGGACAGUUUGCGGAAGCACUUGCGCGCUGACACCUUCACCCAGCAGCAGCUGGAAGCUCUGGACCGGGUCUUCGAGCGUCCUUCCUACCCGGAUGUCUUCCAGGCCUCAGAGCACAUCAAAUCUGAGCAGGGGAAUGAGUACUCCCUUCCGGCCCUGACCCCUGGGCUCGAUGAAGUCAAGUCCAGUCUAUCUGCCUCCACCAACCCUGAGCUGGGCAGCAACGUGUCAGGCGCACAGACGUACCCCGUGGUGACCGGUCGCGACAUGGCAAGCACCACUCUACCUGGUUACCCCCCUCACGUGCCCCCCACUGGCCAGGGAAGCUACCCCACUUCCACCCUGGCAGGAAUGGUGCCUGGGAGCGAGUUCUCCGGCAACCCCUACAGCCACCCCCAGUACACGGCCUACAACGAGGCUUGGAGAUUCAGCAACCCCGCCUUACUAAUGCCGCCCCCCGGGGCUCCGCCCCUGCCGCUGCUGCCGCUGCCUAUGACCGCCACUAGUUACCGCGGGGACCACAUCAAGCUGCAGGCCGACAGCUUCGGCCUCCACAUCGUCCCCGUCUGACCGCCCACCCCCGAGGGAGGGAGGACCGACGCCAAGCGAUGCCUCCGGCCGCCGCCCAGCCCCACCCCGCUCCAGAAGCCCGGUAGAACCUUCACGCCACGCCGUCCCAAAGCCGGACCGAGGCGGGACACUCAGGCCCGGGCCCGCCGUCCCCGACCCCGCCUGCCUGGACCUCGCGCGCGACGCCGAGAGGGAGCGGGCCCCCUGCCCGAGCCUGCUGCACCCGCCGCCGCCGCCUCGGCCUCGCCGGCUCCGGAGCGGCCCCUGCCGCAUCGCCCGCCUCUGGCCCGGCCUGGCUCGCCACUGGCUGCCCGCCCGCCGGAGGGACACGUUUCUGUGACACACAAUCAGCUCGGACAGCAGCGCGGCCUGGGCCCGGGGCUGCCCGCCUCGGCUGCUCGGGCGCGAGGAGGCUUCGCUGGAGGGACUGGGCAAAAAGGACAACGAAGAACCCAACGAUUUUCUGCCGAAGGAGGACGAGCGUCGGCCGAGCCGUCCGAGGGAAAGUGGACUGUCCCGCUCCGCCACCUGUCAAGGUGGAAUGGAGCGGGGCUGAGGGGAUCGGGCUCCAGGGACUCGGGGUGGGGUCAGGAGGUCUUUGCGAUCUCCGUUGGUCCCUUGCAGCCCGCACCCACAGGGCUGACGUCUAGCUGGCCCCGACUCCACCUCCUGCGCUGCCCGACCCCCAGGAUCAGGCACGUCAGCUAGUGGCCAGACUCUCAGUGCCCCUACCUCAGCGUCUCCUCCAGCUGCCGGCCUCCUGGCCCCCUCCUCCUACCCAUGCGUUUUUGCCUUGCCCUGCCGCCCGCUCCUCUCCGCCCUAACACGCCGCCCCUAGGGCAGGCGCGGGGUGCCCGCCGCUGGGCCGGCGUCCUUGAGGCCGGAGGGGCUUCCCCAGCAGUGGGACUUGAGGCCCGCUACCCCCCAAUCUGCUGCUGGAAGGAGCAGGUUCGGAGCUGGCGUCUGUGCUGCGGCAGGGCCGAAGCGUGGGGUGGGGGCGUGGGGGGCUGCCCACUCCCCACCCACGCAGGUUCUGGCCUUCUCCUCCUCCUCCUCC